AUGCCCCGGCAGGCACGAACACUGUCGGUACUUGCUAGAAAAAUGGUUUCUCUGAGCGGCUGGUCCUUCACGGCAUUCCCGCCAUUCCCCGCCACCUUCCUUCCCAACUAUGCUGUUUGGAAUGCCACCAACGAAUCCAAGAACCUAACCUAUCAGAUUGGCGUGUCCUGGCCUUUCGAAUGGCAGUCGCGGGAUGUCACCAACAAGACUGCUCUCACCAUGUACGUCACCGACGGGAAUGCCCAUGGCCUCACCGCAGCUGAGAACUUCAAGCGGCGCAAAGGAGUCGAUUCAGCCCAGCCAGACAGCAUCGUCGUGACCAUUGGUUACCCGCUCAGCAACCACGUCUACGAUCUCACCCGGCGUUUUGUCGACCUGCGUCCGCCACUACCUGACGACCCCGCGAGCGAUCCGCCGUUGUCGGGUGCUGACGAUUUCAUCGCCUUCAUCAACGGGACCCUCCGCCCGUGGGUGCAGCACACCAUCUUCCCAUCUGUCACAUUUACACGCGACGCUCUCUACGGUCACUCCUUUGGCGGCAUAUUUGUCGUGUAUGCGCUGAUUGCCUACCCGGGCUUGUUCGACACGUACAUUGCUGCGACGCCGACGAUGAUCUGGAACAAUGGAUCGUUGCUCGACGAAGUUACACGGCGCUGGGGAACAGGAUGUGUCCAACAACCGGUGCUGUUGCCAUGCGCGAACGAAACCGAGGCCAUAGAAAAGAAGCCAGCUGUGUUUAUCACCUAUGGGUCGGCCGAACAGUUCCCCCCACGGCGGCGCACUGAGACGGAGGAAGCAUUCCAGGAGAGGAAGACCCUCUGGCAGUCGUUCAAGCAGACAGAGGUGACGCAGGAGUUGUUUUACCGCAUCCAGGCCAGCCGAAGGGUGAGGGAUGUGACCCUCAAGGAGUACGUAGGUCAGGAUCACGCAGGGGUGGCCUCGAGUACGAUUGGGGACGGCAUCGGAUAUUUUGUGGACUGGUGACCAAGGGAUGCAGCUGGCUGCGUUGGGCAACUGGGUGGCAACACGAUCGCCUUGCCGCUAUUCUCGACGUCCAGUCCUCCGAUAGUAGGCUUCCCAUGAUCAUGAAAAUGUUUCAAGUCUGUCCAUACCUAAAACAAUAAGGCGUUACUUUGUGCGUCAUAAUAUCAGAUAUAUAGCCAAACUGCCCUUCAACUUAUCAUGAUUCUGUUUCAAUGGAUCUCUGAACUGAUCGUCUCUAUCCACCAGCCCCCGAGCCCCGCCUUCGUCAAGCUGUAUCACUUGAAGAGUGGUUCGACGACGUUCUGGAACCUGUGUCAGGAUACUUCAGCUACGAUCAUGAAAAGCACCUCUGCGGCAGUUUAGUGGACCAGCAAAGUGUCUCAAGGCGUGGCCCAGAUGUGGCAUGUGAGAAGCGUCCUGUUCCUUCCUGGAUACCUAUAAACUGCAGGAAGAGCCCAACAUUCGUCAUGGAACUCUUACCACCCACUACCUUACUCACGCCCUACCACCAUCACACCCCUGGCCACAUCGCACAGCCCAACAUCCUCCAUUUAUCUGCUCUCCACUUUGCAGUCAGCAUGUCUGGAUAUCUCGGUCAAGGGAUUUCGAGUCGCUACGAUGACGAAGACUUCACGCGCGCGGAACUAAGUAACAGUUAUGAUGACGACUAUAACCCUUUUCCCCUCAGCUACGGACCAGGCUCUUUCAGCACCGAAGGUUACAACGAGCAUUCUUAUCUCACCCCGGAGAACAGCUCCAGGCGACAGAGACACUAUGCUACGCCUGUCAGAUCAACACAGCGAGUCCAGCAGAUGUCCCCGCAAAGCUAUGGCACCUCAUUAUCAAAGCCACAGCCGGCCUUGCAGGCGCCCGAGAGAAUUGGGGACACCUCAUCAGUACAACCAGUCCAGGAGGCGCCCAAGCAAACCUGGGAGACUUCCACAAUGGGAGCGCCGAUGAUGACAGGAGGAAGAACUGAAUGCCCCGUCCACCCAACUGCGGAACAAUAUGCCACAUAUUACAAAUUCAACACGGCGAAUGACCAAACUUGGGACGUGGACUCUACAGGACAGAUGAUACCACCAAAGAGGGAACAUAUUGGAUUUAAGAAAGACAAAUAUCGCGCGAACACAACCUCAGAUAUGACCGACUGGGCUCUCCCCUGGCGCACUCUACCGUCGGGAUCGGCAUUGUUACGGACCCCGGUGCCCACUCCUGGAUUACACUACACAACCACACCUGCUGUAUUUUCCUAAGGUCAAGGUGCGUAUGAAGCCCGAGCCGGGUAUGAAGCUCAACUCGAGUACGACGCCCAGGCGGUGUCCAUGAACACCUCUGGCUACAACCAAGGACCUUACCCUGUGUCUGCCUGCCCUGAAGAACCCUUUGCCACAACAUACGAGGGCGAAGAAGCGACGGAUCCGUCUCAGAAAGCUCAGUUUGGACAUACGGAUCAAAACACCGUCUACAGUAUGCGGCGGUCCUAUCCAGACUCUCGUUGAUUUAUAGAGAACUUUUGUCACCGAGUGGCAGGAAAAAACCACCCGGCAAAGGGAUCGAGGCUGGAUACACACACUGCAUGUCAUCUGGAGCUACACGGCAAUCGGAGGUAGCAUUUGGGUUUUUUUGGUUGCAGUUUUCUUGUCUUUUCUCUUGGUUACUUUGACGCGUUUGGUUGCAAUUGCAUACACGGCCUUCCUUAUUGGUUGUUAGUCGAAGGAGUGGUUUACGAAUCGCCGGCGAAAAGAAAAGACAGAGUAUGGAGCUAAAACAGCUAACACAUUAGAAGAGGGCUCAGCUGCUAGGGGCAUAUCUUUGACUUUCUAGUGGUAGCAGAGGUUCAGUUACAUAGGUCACGACUUGUUCAACAGUCUUUUAUUACUUGUACAGCUUUGUAGCGUAUUCCUUUCACUUGUCUGACUACUCAUUCCUUGAUGAAUGGUACGCUAUAUGAAAAUCAAGAGGGAUCAAAAGCCAUGGCGUUUCAUUACGCUUGGACACCAAGCUCAGUGCUUUGGUGGGUCUUUUACCUUGUGCGCACCCAUGGCAACCAUGCCAACUCUUCGCUGCAGCUAUCU